CCCCGACCGAGCAUGCUGCCACCAUAAGAACCACGAAAAUCCACACAAGGGCAAAUUCAGCCAAUCAACGAGACCAACGAAUUGUACCAUCCCAUCCCAUACCAUACCACACAUUACCGUCCCAUACAUUACAUACACACUACACCCACACAUCAAUCAUCCACGAGACGAAAAAGCAAAACGAUCAAGGAAAACCGAAAAGUGCACCCUAGGUCCUUUCACACCCCAACCAUUGCAACCAUUCCCGCCAUUCAAUUUCAUUAUCUGUCUACGUACAAUAAUAGCCACCGUAUUGAAAAGUCGCGCCUCGCGUUCAAGGCUGAGACUUUAAAUUUCGAUACACGUCGUCGUCAACAAUAUAAAGUUUAUUCCAAGUAUCAAAUUCAAAAUUACAAGCAUCGCAUUUGUUGGAAACUGCUGCUCAACUGUCUAUUUAAUUUUAUUGCAUUACGCGCCUAAUAAAAUUAUUUUUCAAUCUUGCAGCUACAAGCAAACUACCGCUGCAGCUACACUACCAUCUAAGUACACACUCGCACACACAUAUACUUCUCCCGCGACAACGACCGUACGAUAACGAGGUUGGAUGGAUUAACGAACUUUCACGAAAUAUAUUCUUGGCACGUAUGGCGUUUUCCCUUUAAUCCUUUUCAUACAGAUAAUGAACCACGCGCGUAUUGAAAAUGGCAUCAAGGUAAUGUUUCACCUCCACUCCACCCCAACCCAACAUUUAAGCUGUGAUCAAUGCGGCCGCAUUGCAUUUUCAUUUGGUGGUGCAUUCGGGAAUUAAUUGCGGAUUUUGCUGACAUGAUCAACACGUUGAAAUAGAUUGGAUCGACUUGUCACGUGAGUAUCUUUUCCCUCGUCUCCUAAUUACUCAAUCUUUAUGUCUGGUUGAGACAAACCAAACCUUGGAGGUCUUCUUUUUUUUCAUGCCGUGGGGGAUCUUCGGAAUUGAAGAUCGAAGAUUGUUCUUGGAAUGAUCAGCAAUGAUCUUCAUUUCGAGAAUAUUCUAGAUGUUCUAGAAAUUUUGUCUCUAAAUCUCAUUUCAAAAUCGUACUAAUAUUUUAAAUAGGCUACUGGAAACAGGAAGCACUCCAUUAAUUAGGAAUACCGCUGCUCAACAAUUAGCUGAUGUACAAAAAGCACAUCCUGAAGAACUUUUCAAUUUAUUAACCAGAGUUGUACCAUAUCUUCGUCAUAAAACUUGGGAUACACGGACAGCCGCUUCUAAAGCAUUAGCCGGGAUUGUUGAAAAUGCUGAAAAGUAUGACCCAAAUGGUGAGGACGAGUCAGCGAAGAAGGAGGAAUUUGGAAUCAAGAAGGAAGAAGCCGUAGAGCCAAUACCACUUGCUGAAGGGCAACUAAGUCUUGGUACUCUCGAUAUUGUAUCCAUACUCAGGUAUGGAAAGGAGCUCGUUCGUGGUGGAGAUAGAGGUCAUGAUUGGGCUCUCGCUUCUCUGGACCCUGCCCAACGACUUGCUCAUCAAAAGAAAACGCUUGCUGGGCGACUUGGUCUUCUUGGUCCGUAUGCCGAAGAGGAACUCGAAUAUGAAAUUCCAACUUCCAACCAAAAUGGAUCCGGCACCCCAUUAGCACGUGAGGAUUCGAAUGGCUUCCCACGACAAGACAACAAUAAAGGCACAUCUACACCCUCGGAAGAAAGCGGACUGAGCGCGAGACAGUUGAAUCAAUUGAAACGGAAGCGAAAACGAGAAGCUAUGUCUGCUGGUAACAAAAGUAGACUGGUAGAUCUUUCAGUGCGGCGUACAAAUACUUCAGGCGAAGGAGAUACUCCAAUGCCAGAUGUUGGCAGUGAAGAUUCUAAAAAUCCCAUGGCUGAUUAUUUUACGAUGGAAAGAUCUUCCGAGGUAGAUGAAGAUUCAAAGGUCGUUUCUGAGUUCAAGGGCCCAGUCAUGCCAAUCAAAUCUGAACUUGAAACCGAGGGUGAACAAGAAGGAUUAGAAUGGCCUUAUGAGCGCUUAUGUGAGUUCCUUGUGGUCGAUUUGUUCGAUCCUCAAUGGGAAACCCGACAUGGUGCUGCAAUGGGUCUCAGGGAUAUUAUACGUGUUCAUGGAGCUGGUGCCGGAAGACAGCAGGGAAAGACUCGUGCCGAAAAUGAUAUGCUCAACCAACGUUGGCUCGAUGAUUUGGCUUGCCGAUUGUGUUGCGUUUUCAUAUUAGAUCGUUUCGGAGACUACGUUUCAGAUACUGUUGUUGCACCUAUCCGAGAAACAGUUGGUCAAACCCUGGGUGCUCUACUCAUUCACCUUCCACCUCCGGUGGUUUAUGCCGUUCAUCAUAUUUUGUAUCGUCUCGUUAUGCAAAAUGAUAUCGAGCUUGAUAAACCAGGCUGGGCUAUUUGUCAUGGUGGUAUGAUUGGUCUCCGCUACUUGGUCGCAGUUCGAAAUGAUUUGUUACUGAAAGAUAACGAUCUGAUCGAUGGGGUCAUACGGGCCGUGAUGAAAGGGUUAGGUGAUUGGGAUGAUGAUGUUCGUUCUGUUAGCGCAGCGACUCUUAUCCCGAUUGCAAAGGAGUUUGUCAACUUACGACCUGAAGCAUUGGACGGUUUGAUCAACAUUGUUUGGGAAUGUCUCUCAAAUCUUGGUGAUGAUUUGAGUGCUAGUACAGGACAAAUCAUGGAUUUGUUAGCAAAACUGUGCAGUUUUCCUGAAGUAUUGGAAGCCAUGAAAAAGAAUGCUUCUCGCGAUGCAGAACAAUCUUUUGGUAAUUUGGUACCGAGAUUAUAUCCAUUCCUUCGACAUACCAUCACAUCUGUCCGUUCGGCAGUUCUUCGAGCUCUGUUGACAUUUGUUGGUAUUGAAGGAGAGGGUACUAGAGAUUGGAUGGAUGGAAAAAUUCUUCGAUUGAUCUACCAGAAUAUAUUGGUUGAGAGGAAUCAAGAUACCUUGAGUCUAUCCCUUCAAGUAUGGAAGGCACUAGUAACAUUCCUCGCACGCGAUCCAGAACAUUUAUCUGCUGAGUUCUCUGCACAUAUUGAUCCCCUCAUGCAACUUACACUACAUCCUAUUGGUGUAUCUCGACAUCCAUUACCUAUGAACGCCACCCUUUUCCAACGACCAUCUGGUAAUUCCUACUCCCUACCAAGUGGUAUCGUAAGCCACGCUCGUCCAAACACUCCAUCGGGCCCCGAGCCCCCAACGAAAAAGCGUCGCAAGACUGCAAAGGUAGUCGAACCUACUCCUUCACCAUCAUCGCAUGACGUUGAUGGUCCAAUGAUGCAAGGUGAUGUGGAUCUAGUUGGUAUGGAUAUAUUAAUUAGAUCUCGUGCCUCGGCUGCAAAAGCAAUGGGUCUCAUUAUGUCUCUUGUUCCGGCGCCUGUCCUCGAAGCGUACGACGCCAGCAUUAUCCCAGGAAUGUGUUCAGCUUUCUCUUCUACCCAACUAACGGCAUCAAUUAUCAUCGACGAAUACGCAAAGAAUUGUAUUUCAAAGACUCAUGCUUUACGUUUCGAGGCACCCCUUACAAAGAUUCUCGAGGCCGAACGUCCCCUCACUUAUCGAGAUCUGGUUAGCUACACACAUCUAGUCCGAACUCAAUGUUCGCAGCUCCUAAAUACCUUUCGGGAUGUUGGCAAGAUUUCUCAAGGACGUCUACCGGUACUUGCAGUUGUCGUAGCUGGUGAAGCUGAAGCUGGUCCAGAUGCUUUCUCUAUUGUGACGGCCGAUAAAUGUGUUUCCGAGGAUUUUGAUCGCUUAAAGAAAGUUCUUGCUCCUGGCCAGCGUAUGAUUGCGACUCAAGCCCUCUCCGAAGCACGUCAAAAUGUCAUAGAAGUCAUUAACAUCGCUAAGAGCAUCAAAGAGCAACGAGAUACACGUAUCAAGGCCGCUGCUGCAAGUGCUCUGGUCGCGAUGAAAGUUUCACCCAAAAAGCCAUCUCAUAUUAUUAAGGCUAUGAUGGAUAGUAUUAAAAAAGAGGAAACCUUGGAAUUGCAACAACGAUCUGCCUUCUCUAUCGCUCGACUAAUUGAGAUCUUUGCAGAAGGUGGGCGCACAGGACCAGCGCAGAAGGUGGUAUCAAAUUUGGUCAAGUUCACGUGUAUGGAAACCUCGGAGACACCCGAAUUCGCGCCAAAUGCAAAUCUCACGACUGCCAUUUUAUCACUUCGAAAAGAAGAAGAUCGUAGAGAUCAUCCAGAUGCAGCAAAAUUUGCUCGAGAAGCCAAAGAAGCUAGAAUAACCAGAAGAGGUGCCAAGGAAGCUUUAGAACAACUUUCCGCAAUAUUCGGACCAGACUUGUUAAGCAGAGUCCCCACACUUAGAGCUCUAAUGGAACAACCACUACGACAUGCAUUCGGUGGUACACUCCCACGCGACUGCAUAGAUCCCGCCCAAUCAUCCGGACAAGAAGCAAUUGAUGGCAUGUCAGUAAUUCGUGCUUUGACACCCACGUUGGACAAAUCAUUAUAUCCCUUCAUCAUGGAGUUACUUCCCCUUGUCGUCACUGCUCUACACUCUGAACUUUCGGUCUUCCGUUAUAUGGCAGCCAAAUGUCUUGCAACAGUUUGCAGUGUUAUCACUGUAGAAGCUAUGACUUUACUUGUGGAGAAGGUUUUACCUUCUAUCAGCAAUCCACUCGAUCUCAACUUCCGUCAAGGUGUAAUUGAAUCGAUAUAUCAUCUUAUCGCUGUUAUGGGUGAUAGUAUUUUACCAUAUGUGAUUUUCCUCAUCGUUCCUGUUCUUGGACGAAUGAGUGAUUCAGAUACUGAUGUACGAGUCCUCGCCACAACUUCUUUCGCAACCCUGGUCAAGCUCGUUCCACUGGAAGCAGGUAUACCAGAUCCUCCCGGAUUAUCACAAGAAUUAUUACAAGGCAGAGAUCGUGAGCGUACCUUCAUUGGUCAACUUUUAGAUCCUCAUAAGGUUGAAGAAUUCAAAAUUCCCGUUGCUAUCAAAGCAGAACUUCGCUCUUAUCAACAAGAAGGUGUCAAUUGGCUGAACUUUUUGAACAAAUAUCACCUUCAUGGAAUCCUCUGUGAUGAUAUGGGCCUUGGAAAAACAUUACAGACAUUAUGUAUUGUUGCUAGUGAUCACCAUCUCAGAGCUGAGGAGUUUGCAAAAACAGGAGCCCCAGAUUCUAGGCGAAUGCCAUCUCUAAUCAUAUGUCCUCCUACUCUUUCCGGACAUUGGCAACAAGAGAUUAAAACAUAUGCUCCUUUCCUAACUUGUACCGCUUAUGUUGGGCCUCCGGCUGAUCGAGCUCGUUUCAGAGAACAACUCGGCCAAACUGAUAUCGUCAUUACAUCAUACGAGAUUUGUCGCAACGAUGUUGACGUUUUGGCGCCACUCAAUUGGAAUUAUUGCGUUUUGGAUGAAGGUCAUUUAAUCAAAAAUCCUCGAGCGAAAACUACCAUCGCAGUCAAACGCCUACUUAGUAACCAUCGACUUAUUCUUUCUGGUACACCAAUUCAAAAUAAUGUCCUGGAACUUUGGUCUCUCUUCGAUUUCCUUAUGCCAGGUUUCCUUGGAGCUGAAAAGGUCUUCUUAGAUCGUUUUGCCAAACCUAUUGCCGCCAGUCGUUUCAGUAAAUCUUCUUCAAAAGAACAAGAAGCUGGUGCUCUCGCCAUUGAAGCUUUACAUAAACAAGUUCUGCCAUUCCUCCUUCGUCGUCUUAAAGAAGAGGUUUUGGAUGAUUUACCACCUAAGAUCUUGCAAAACUACUAUUGUGAUCUUAGUGAUCUACAGAAGAAGCUUUUCGAGGACUUCACCAAGAAAGAAGGCAAGACGCUAGCUGAGAAAGCUUCAUCUGGUGAUAAAGAAGCAAAGCAACACAUCUUUCAAGCUUUACAAUAUAUGCGCAAGCUUUGUAACUCCCCUGCACUCGUUAUGAAAGAAGGUCAUAAGCAAUAUGAAGAUACUCAACGUCUUCUUGCCAAACAAGGAACUAGUCUUCGAGAUCCAAUUCACGCACCAAAAUUAACAGCUUUAAGAGAUCUACUAGUUGAUUGUGGUAUUGGUACCGAACCUUCAUCCGAAAAUGAGAUUACAACUGAAACCUCUUUCGUCUCCCCUCAUCGUGCUUUAGUCUUCUGUCAAAUGAAGGAAAUGUUAGACAUGGUACAAAAUGAUGUUCUGAAGAAGAUGUUACCAUCAGUACAAUUUUUACGUAUGGAUGGAUCAGUUGAUGCCAAUAAACGUCAAGAUAUCGUCAAUAAAUUUAAUUCCGAUCCUUCAUAUGAUGUUUUACUUCUUACGACAAGUGUUGGAGGUUUAGGACUUAAUUUGACUGGUGCCGAUACUGUUAUCUUUGUGGAACAUGAUUGGAAUCCUCAGAAAGAUUUACAAGCUAUGGAUAGAGCUCAUAGGAUUGGUCAAAAGAAGGUGGUAAAUGUUUAUCGAUUGAUUACUAGGGGGACUUUAGAAGAAAAGAUUUUGAGGUUAGUUAUGUUCUUUUUCCCCACGCGGCAUAAAAUCAUCUUCUGUGAUAUUGGACAAAAACUAACAUCUCAAAAAUAGUCUUCAAAGAUUCAAAAUUGAUGUAGCAUCCACAGUAGUCAAUCAACAAAACGCAGGGUUAGGUACAAUGGAAACCGAUCAAAUCCUCGACCUCUUUAAUCUAGGCGACACAUCAGAAGUUCCACUAGCAGCAGAUAGUAGUAUCCAAGCCGAAAGAGAAGAAGACAUGGUAGACGCAACGGGAGAAGUGAGAGAAAAGGGAAAGAAAGGCUGGUUAGAUGAUCUAGGCGAAUUAUGGGAUGGAAAGGAAUAUGAGGAAAGUUUCGAUCUAGAGGGUUUCUUGAAAACUAUGAAAUAGUCUUGGGAGAUUCUUAAUAAGUUGGUAGUUUGCACGCUGGAUUGGAGAAGCGCAUACCAGAAAGGUCUCUGAUGAUUGGCAAUUUUUAUGUAUGACUUAUAUUAAUUACCUAGUAUAUGAUAUGAUUAUGAUAUGAGAUUGGGAU